CCCGCACAGAACGGCCACAAGCGCCCACCGCACACAGAGUGUUUCUACUCCUUUCACUCCUUCUUCAGGAGUUUCGUUUGAAGCCGCAGACCGCCGGUGCUCGCGGUGUCGCCGACAGGUCGGAGAGCUGAACUUCUUCCUCCAGAAUCUCUGCUGAAAGUUGGAUUACAGCGCAGCGACCCGACCUGAGAGAGAGGGAAUAAAGCUGCUCAGAGGAUGAGCGUUUGGGAUAUCAGCGGAGCUCAGUGCUGUCAACGGCUGUGUGGCGUGUGUAGAUAAGCCCCUUAUGAGGUGAAAAGCUCUUCCCAUCCUGCAGUAUCCCCUCCCAGCACCACCAGCAGGAAUAAGGGAUGUCACGGCUGUUCCUCUUUUUGGCAGUCCUCAUUGUCUCGUGCAGCAUCCAGAUGUCUCCUGCUGCUACCCUGGAUAAACUGAAGGACGACUGGAAACGGUAUAGGACAGAAUGUGAAUACAACAACAGUCAAUACCAGCCCAGCAGUGGUCUUGUGUGCAACAGGACGUUUGACGACUAUGCCUGCUGGCCUGAUGGAUUCCCCAACACCACCGUCGGUGUGGCGUGCCCGUGGUAUUUGCCGUGGUACCAUGAAGUUCAAAACGGCAUGGUAUAUCAGGACUGUGAUGCCAGCGGCCAGUGGGUGACUAAGUACAAUACCACUCAGUGUGAAAGCAAUAAUACAGACCAGAUUUGUUAUAGAUGUAUCCGGAUCAUGUACACAGUGGGUUAUUCCUUGUCCUUGGUGGCGCUGGUACUGGCUCUUGGUAUUCUUAUAUUUUUCAGGAAACUUCACUGCAUGAGGAACAACAUCCACAUGAACCUGUUUGCUUCCUUCAUCCUGCGAGCCCUUUCGGUCCUAAUCAAAGAUGCUCUGCUGGAGGCCAACUUCACAUCGCAAAAGAUCAGCGGAGACAGGGAGCCGGAGUUCCCCAGUGAAUCGAUACCCCCAGGGGAGCUGCUGACCACAAUAAGCUGUCGCACUGCCUUGGUGAUGAUGCAAUACAGCAUCAUGGCCAACAGCUACUGGCUGCUGGUGGAAGGCAUCUACCUCCACAACCUGCUGGUCAUUACUGUGUUCACGGAGAGGAACUACUUCAAAAUCUACCUGUGCAUUGGUUGGGGAACACCAUUAAUAUUCCUUGUUCCCUGGGCAGUCUCUAAAUAUUUAUAUGAAAAUAAAGAGUGCUGGGAGCAAAACACAGACAUGAAUAUCUGGUGGAUAAUUCGAGCACCGAUACUGCUUGGCGUUGUGAUCAACUUUAUUAUCUUUAUACAUAUCAUCAAAAUUCUCAUCUCAAAACUUCGAGCACACCAAAUGAGAUACACAGAUUAUAAAGUCAGGUUGGCGAAAUCAACUUUAACACUGAUUCCUCUUCUGGGUAUCCAUCAGAUUAUCUUCAUCUUCCUGCCUGAGGAGACCACCAACAAGAGCUUGCAUUUGCAUCUCACUAAGCUCUUCAUUGACCUCUUUUUCUCCUCCUUCCAGGGUCUCCUGGUGGCGAUCUUGUACUGUUUUGUCAACAAAGAAGUGCAAUCUGAGAUCCUGAAGAAGUGGAAGCGCUGGAAGCUAGGGAGGAACAUCGAGGAGGAAUAUCGCCACACCUACAGCAAUUCCAACAACACUAAGACGGGCAGCCUGCUGAACCACAUCCCUCGGCUUCCCCACCUCCCAGACAUCGCCAAAUCUUCUGGCCCGGUCUGCAGUCCCGAAGAGCAAACGUGGCUCGUGGCUCGCUGCCACAACGGGAUGGACAACGGCAAGGAGACGGAAAACUCCAGCUCGCAGCAGAACGAAGGAACCAGCAACUGCACCCUUAUGGAGGACAUCAGCCAGAGAGAGAACGCUGAGAGCCACCUUUGAAAGAAACAAGGAGAAAGGACUUUAGGAAGGAAGCUCUGACUGAAAGCCCUCGUUGGGUUUUGAAGCGGUGUGCCGACUGAUUCACUCGUGGGAGCAGUCAUCAGGCAUCAGUGUCACUGGGAGACGCAGCGGCUCUCAGCCCUGUAAUAUGACAGCAGUAUGGCAGGCAUCCAGACCAGGAUGCUCAGUGUGCUGUGAGUCUUGUGAAUGGAUUGUUCUCGAUGUUUUGUCAUUUUAAUAUAUGAAGCUGCUGCCUGUUGAACAAUUUUACAAACAAUAUCAAGAAUACACAAACAACUACAAUAGAAGAAAUACAAGAAAAACAAACAAAAAACAACACACCGGCGUGAGUCUCUGCUUCAGUGUUUGCCGUCUGACAAAUGUGUGUUUUGUGGUACAACAAACUGGACAUCGGACUGCGCACACAAUAAACAAGACCAAAUGACACAGAACAAGAAGGACAGGAGGGAUUGCUUUUUGUACUCUAUAUGCUCUGCUCUGGUGCGUGUAUGUUGCUAUCUUGUUCAUACUGAUUUUAAUGAAACUGUACAGAGAAAGGAAGGAAAAAAACAUUCUGGUGACUUUACAGUGAGGUAACCACAGAGUUAUUGUGGAUGGGAAAAGGCAGCUGCUCACCCCAGGUCCUACCUGGCACUUUUGGUUUUUGCUGAGUGUUAGUUUUAUAUUGGUCACAAUUGUGAACGCAUUAAUACCCCUUUUCACAUUUUGUUGCAUUAGAAAAACACAAAUUUCAACGUAUUUUGUUGAAAUUUUAUGUAAAAGACUAACAGAAAGAAGCACAUUAUUGGCAAACUGAGGGCAGAAUAUUUAAGGUUUUUAUUCUAAUUUUUAAAAAUAUUUCUCUGAAAAGAGUGGCACACAUUUAUAGCCAUGCCACUGUCAUAAUAUUUUAGCUACUUUAAGAUUUUCUCCUAUCAUUGCCCUUUCGAAAUAUUCCUUUAGAUGCUCUGCUUUGCUGUAACAAUCAAAUCUGACUUGCUUCAGUGUUUCUCUGAAAGAAAAACAUCCCAACAGCAUAAAGCUACUCCCACCAUUUGGAAGGUCUGUUUGGGAUAUUAAGUGUGAGUUUUCAGGUACAUAGUUACAUCAAGAGCAUUGAUGUCACUGUGAUUUAAUGGAUUUAAAUUCAUUAAAUCACCUAAGGAUUUAUUGGAUUUAUUGAUAUGUUUUUAAGUCAUCGUCAUGUUGCCGGAUCCAGUUCUUGUUGAGCUAUAAUUUGUUCAAGAACUAUUUGACAGACGGUUGAAUUCAUGAUGGGUGAGCACAGUAAAUUCAGUAUAAGAUUCAUAAGAUCCUACGAUAUUCACUUUAAAGGUUACAGCUCUUUAGAUCCAACCAUGGUGUUCAGCUCUCAGCUCAGUGAUGGAAAGCACACCGAGCUAAAUGUUUAAAAAAUGCAAACCACUUUCAAAACGUUGGCUUACUACGAUAAGAUAUGUGUACAUUUUAAAGCGAGAAUUUAUGGGGGGUGUCCAAAUUUAUUUCUCAAUACAUUGCUGAUUGUUAUUAACAUCUUACAGAAAAAAUUCG